GAGCAAACACCUUCCUGCUCUACAUGCACUUCUUCUUCGAGGGAAUACCUGGUAAUACCCAAAGGACUAGGCCUAUAUACAAUAUCAACUUUUCCGUGCAGAUGCUUGUGGGGUGACAAGUUCUCAAAUUAGGUAUGAUGACAGUAUGACGUUGUCCUCCUCUCUGCCCUGAUAAUGUACGAGGUGAUGCAGGGAGACACUACCACCCUGUCCUGGAGGCUACCCAGCCCCGGCCACAACGACGGCCCACAACAGAGCCCCUUCAGCGGGGAGGGAGGACCUACUAAGAUCCUUAAAGUUUGUUUCUCCACCAACAGCAACGCCCUGGGGAAGAACUUCAAGCUGGUCAAGUGUGACAGCUCCUGGCAGAUCAGGGCUAUAAUCCAGUCUGUCCUGAACAGUGGUAGACUGGGCCCUAACAUCCAGUAUAAAGGCUGCUAUGGUCUGCUGCUGAAGCACCUCAAGUCAGACGAGCUCCACUGGCUCCAUCCAGACCUGACCGUGGGGGAGGUGGAGCAACGCUAUGAGAGUCAUCACGUGGAGGCAGAGUGGAGGUAUGACCUGAGAGUCCGCUACAUUCCAGUCAACUUCCUGGAAAAGUUUAAAGAAGACAGAACCACAUUUCUGUAUUUCUAUCAACAGGUGCGUAGUGACUACAUGCAGUACCAUGCCAGUAAAGUCAGUGAUGGAAUGGCCCUGCAGCUGGGAUGUCUGGAGAUCAGGAGGUUCUAUAAAGACAUGAAUGCUAAAGGCCUGGAGAAAAAGUCCAACUUUGAAGUGUUAGAGAAGGACGUGGGGCUGAACCUGUUUUUCCCUCAGGAGCUCAUUGACAGCAUGAAGUCUCGUCAUCUUCGUAACCUGAUCCAGCAGACGUUCCAGCAGUACGCCACUCUGAAGGAGGAUGAGUGUAUGGUUAACUUCUUCCAGACACUCACCGACUUCAUCACCAUUGGCGAAGAGGUCUACCCUUGUGAACUGGUGCAAGGCUGGAGUCUGUCAGUAGAGCUGGUGAUAGGAGCCAGGGGCAUUCGCCAACGCACCCAUAAAGACUCAGCACCUGUGUGUCUAGCGAACUUCAAACAGAUCAAGAGCAUUAAGUGUUUAUCUCAGAGUGACAACAAAGCCCUCCUCAAUCUGGACAUAGACGGAGCCAGACAGCCUCUGUCUAUCAACGUGACUAAGUUUACGAUGGCAGAGAACAUGGUGGACCUUAUUGAUGGUUACUGUCGUUUGGAGCACGCCACUGACGAGUCGUUCAUCGUCACACCUAACAAAGACGCCAAUCUACGAUGUUCCCUUCCAGAUCUGCCCACAAAUCAAAUGGAAAACCCAGGUUGCUUCAGAUAUAGCAUGGGAUCUGAAAUCUACGCUGAGAUUGAUGAACGACCGAGGUCUGUGGUGAAGUAUGGAAUCGACAGAGAUGACAUUGUUCUGGGACGGAUACUUGGCGAGGGUUUUUUCGGAGAGGUCUAUGAAGGAAUGUACAAGAAAUCGAAUGGGGAGAGACUAAGCGUGGCGGUGAAGACCUGUAAAGAAUGUUCACCUGACAUCAUGGAGAAGUUCAUGAGUGAAGCAGUGAUCAUGAAGAACCUGAAACACCCCCACAUCGUCAGUCUGAUCGGUGUCAUAGAGGAAGACCCAGUGUGGAUUGUCAUGGAGUUAUACCAGUAUGGAGAGCUGGGCAAAUACCUAGAAGAGAACAAGCACAAGCUGACCAACAUAACGCUGGUCCUCUUCAGCCUACAGAUCUGUAAAGCUCUGGUCUACCUGGAAGGAAUCAACAUGGUGCACAGGGACAUAGCGGUGAGGAACGUGCUGGUGGCCACAGCAGACUGUGUUAGGCUGGGAGACUUUGGUCUGUCCAGAUACAUCGAGGAAGAAGAGUAUUACAAGGCCUCAGUUAGCCGAUUACCUAUAAAAUGGAUGGCUCCAGAAUCCAUUAACUUCAGACGCUUCACAACGGCUAGUGAUGUCUGGAUGUUUGCGGUGUGUAUUUGGGAGAUCCUGAGUCGAGGGCAGCAGCCUUUCUUCUGGUUGGAGAACCGUGACGUCAUCAUCCAGCUGGAGCAAGGCAUCCGACUACCCAAACCUGACGACUGCCCUCCUGCCCUCUACUCCCUCAUGACACGCUGCUGGUCCUACAACCCCCGCGAGAGACCCUCUUUCACAGAGCUGGUCGUUAAGAUCAGUGACGUCCAGCAGAUGGAGAAGGAGCAGGAGGCAGAGCGAGAGAGGGACAGAAAACGCCCCAUCAAGUUCUUUGACACCAAGUUCAAAUUCAACGAACCUCCUCCUAAGCCCUCCAGGAUGAAACCUGGGGGUCGUUUUGGUAACAAUAUUGGCCUGCACGUUCAGCUGAAUGAGGCCCUGUGUGCCAGCUCUCCAGACCUGGUCAGUCCCUGUGAAUACACCACUGUUGUAGACUCUAGGAGCAACACAGUGGUCGUGCCCAUGAUGUCUCCACGACGAUGCAGCAUGGGGGAGGGAGAGUUGAUGGUGGAGCCGUCCAGUAAGGAGGACGCCCAGCGUCUGUGGCAGAUGGAGAGAGAGCGUAUGCAGGAGACGAUGAGACAACAGAAACAACAGAUGAUGGAGGACAACAAGUGGCUGACCAAGGAGGAGAGACUCCUGGAUCCCAUGAGACAGGAGGAUGCCCCCAGCCCACUGUCACCUGAAGCUGAGGCUGGACAUGCCGCGCCAGACAAGCCCCCACGUCUCACCGCCCCCACAGCCCAGGCCGACCCCACAGCCCAGGCCGCCCCCACAGCAGAGCUGGACCGGUCAGGUGACCAGGUGUACCAGGCGGUCAUGGAGCUGGUCAAGGUGGUGGUGCAGUUGAAGAACGAUGUCAACACACUACAGCCUGAACAAUACAUCAACAUAGUGAAGUCUGUAGGGUUGACCUUGCGGAGUCUGAUCCACAGUGUGGAUGGUAUUCUACCCACCCUGCAUGAAUCAAUCAGGACAGAGAUCGAGGGCACCCAGAAGCUGUUGAACAACGACAUGUCAGAGUUGAUCAGUAAGAUGCGUCUGGCCCAGCAGAACGCCAUCACCUCUCUGAAGGAAGAGUGUAAGAAACAGAUGCUGACUGCAGCACACAACCUGGCCAUGGAUGGGAAGAACCUUCUGGAUGCUGUGGACCAGGCCAGGGUCAGGGCCAACCUGGCCAAGCCCAAACCGGAGACCCCAUAGUGGGGUAAAUACCCACAGCCCCCCCCCCCCUCUGGAUGGAUGAUUUACAUGUGUGUUGUUGUUUUGCUUUGUCUUCAUUGGAGGACAGGUCAGAGCAUGUUGCGACUGAUUGGAUGGACAUCAGUGACUUGCUGGUACAAUAGUCGAGAUAAGUGGCAUCAAUAUGACUGGCAUCAAUAUGACUGGCAUCAAUAUGACUGGCAUCAAUAUGACUGGCAUCAAAAUGACUGGCAUCAAUAUGACUGGCAUCAAUAUAACUGGCAUCAAUAUGACAGUCAUAUUGAUGCCAGUCAUAUUGAUGCCAGUCAUAUUGAUGCCAGUUAUAUUGAUGCCAGUCAUAUUGAUGCCAGUCAUAUUGAUGCCACUUAUCUCGACAAUAUGACUGGCAUCAAAAUGACUGGCAUCAAUAUGACUGGCAUCAAUAUGACUGGCAUCAAUAUGACUGGCAUCAAAAUGACUGGCAUCAAAAUGACUGGCAUCAAAAUGACUGGCAUCAAUCAAUAUGACUGGCAUCAAUAUGACUGGCAUCAAUCAAUAUGACUGGCAUCAAAAUGACUGGCAUCAAUCAAUAAGACUGGCAUCAAUAUAACUGGCAUCAAAAUGACUGGCAUCAAUAUGACUGGCAUCAAUAUGACUGGCAUCAAAAUGACUGGCAUCAAAAUGACUGGCAUCAAUCAAUAAGACUGGCAUCAAUAUAACUGGCAUCAGUGUGACUAAAAAGGUAAUGUCAGGAUUCAAAUGGACAGAAAAGAGGACUUCCUUGUGUGAUAUUUGUUUAUCAUCUCAGUGCUUUAAAUUAAAGACAUGCUCUGGAACUUUG